AUGGAGAGCCAAGCCGAUGUACUGAGGCAGUUGCGGGCGCAUGGGCUGGCGAUGCUCACAAAGGACUUUGGAGCGCUCUGCAGCAGCCUCAGCCUGCAUAGCAUACGGGUAGAGGAGUUCACAUACCUCUGCGCUGCUGUGCUCCAAUGCGAUCUGCAGCCUCGCGACUGCGAAGUUGUCUUUGCGUUUCUCCGGGCAGAACGCGCAUCGGGUGGUGGAAUGAGCGUCACGCACCUUCUGGAGCGGUUGCGGACGCUGUUUGAGCCUCUCGAAGUGGUGUGCGCGUUGCAGCUCAAGUGCCUCCUCGAAACACGCAGGCUUGAUUACUGCAACGUGUCGCUCAAUGAACUGAAGAAGGCUGAGGCUGGGUUGCGCUCCCUUCUCGUCGACGACCCGCUCGAUCUUGAAGUGGGCGCGCAGUGGGAGCAUCUCGAGGACGAGCUGCAACGGCUGCAUCUGCGCUUUGCGGUCCCCGUACCAACGUUUCGCUUGCUGGUGCGUCGCUCGGCGCGCGCUCUUCGGUCGGCGGUGCGCGCGCUGGGUUGGGAUGGGAAGAUACAACGGCGUCUCUGGCAAGAGGAAGACGAGGAGCCCAGCAAUGAUGGGGUGCAGGAGCCACUCCGCGCCUUUGAUCUUGGUGGCCUCCGUACAUGUACAGUAAAGGAGAUUUGCAACGAGGGUGGCGUGCAGGACAGGAGCACCGCCGUUCUCUCCGCAGUGGCGAAGCUGUACCAUCAUCGCCUGACUUUGGGAGCACAGUCCCUGGCCGCCGCUGAGCGGCUGCACCCUGCGCUCGGGGCAACCGUGCGGACCGCCAGCCGUGUCUCGUCCUUGAGCUCGCCAAAGUCCGCGGCCGAUCUGACACACCCCCGCUUCAGAGCCGACCUCUACGCUGUUUUUCCAGACGCGCCAUCUUGCACAGCGGCGAGGAGGGAGGCUUUCACUGCAAACUAG